CUUUCGUCGGCUCCAAGAUGGCGGAUGACAGCGAAGUAGAGCUGUUGGUCCGCCGGCGGCGGGGGCUAGGGAGCAGCCGUGGACCGGAACAGGACAGCAGGACAGCGGUUCCAGGUACAAGCGUGGAGAAAAAGGAUAAGCCUCUCCCUAGGCUUAACAUUCAUUCUGCAUUUUGGAUAUUGUCAUCGAUAGCUAUUACAUAUUAUGUUGAAUUUUUUAAAAAUGUUAAGGAAAUUAUUCAAAAAGAAAGUGGAUGGUUUGUCCUUGGCAGUUGUUUAUUAGCAGUCAGUCUGUCAGUGGCAUUUUACUGCAUCAUAUACCUCGAAUGGUAUCAUGGAAUUGCUGACUAUGAAACUAGCUAUCCCACUCUCGUUCCCAUCACAACUGCUAGCUUUAUUGCUGCAGCAGUUUG